UGUGAUUGGUAGGAGGUAUGACGUGUGAGAAAUAAACGACAAAUAUUUAGCAAGGUAGUGUAUACUUUUCAAAAACAUGAAGUGUGAUAAAAGUGUUGAUGAUAUCAAAAAAUUAAAUAAUUUUAUGCAAAUUAUUUGCAUGCCACAAAGAGGAUAAUUUUAAGAUUUUUUACAUAUCUAGAGCACCAGUGAAACACAUUUUUUAUAAAUAAAGUUUUAUAUAUCUUUUAUAUAUUAUAAAAUCAUGGCAAACACAGGCGUUUUACCGUUUGUUCGUGGAGUUGAUUUUACAAGAAAUGAUUUUGCUGAGAAAAAAUUCCCAUCAUCAAUUCGUAUGAUGACAGGGAUACAAUGGCUUAAAUUAGAUGACACACAUUUAACAGAAAUUCCAGAAGAAAUGGGUAAACUGCUUAAAUUGGAACAUUUGUCACUAAAAAACAACAAAUUAGAACGGCUAUAUGGAGAAUUGACUGAAUUAAAUUGCCUUAGAACGCUCAAUAUCCGUCGCAAUAACAUAAAAACAAGUGGUAUACCCUCUGAGUUAUUCAAUUUAGAAGAAUUGACCACAUUAGAUUUAAGCCAUAAUAAUUUGAAAGAAGUACCAGAAGGUCUGGAAAAGGCAAGAUCGUUGUUAAACUUAAACCUUAGUCAUAAUUAUAUUGAAGCAAUACCAAACACUCUAUUCAUUCAUUUGACGGAUUUAAUAUUUUUGGACCUAAGCCAUAAUCGUCUGGAAACAUUACCACCUCAGACUCGACGAUUGGCUAAUUUACAAACAUUGAUACUUAAUGAUAAUCCGCUAGGUCAUUUCCAACUAAGGCAACUACCGUCCCUCAUGAACUUAACGACACUUCAAAUGCGCAAUUCACAGCGGACAUUGAAUAAUAUUCCAUCCAGUUUAGAAAGUUUGACAAAUUUACAAGAACUUGAUCUUUCACAAAAUGCACUGCCACGUAUACCUGAUGCAUUAUAUUCUCUUCCCAAUUUGAAACGUUUAAAUCUGAGUGAUAAUCAAAUAAGUGAGCUAUCAUCGGCUAUUGAAAUGUGGCAAAAAUUAGAAGUCUUAAAUCUUUGUAGAAAUAAACUGACUACUUUACCAGCAUCACUUUGUAAAAUUUCUACAUUGAGACAUCUUUUUUUGAAUGAUAAUCAACUCGAUUUUGAAGGAAUUCCUUCUGGAAUUGGCAAACUAUCAUCACUUCAAAUAUUUUCUGCUGCAAAAAAUCACUUAGAAAUGAUUCCAGAAGGAUUAUGCCGAUGUGGAUCCUUAAAAAAAUUAAUAUUAUCUUCAAAUCAACUUAUUACGCUACCCGAUGCAAUCCAUUUUUUGACAGAUUUAGAACAGCUAGAUUUGCGUGAUAAUCCUAAUUUAGUCAUGCCACCAAAACCAACUGAAGUUCAAAAAGGAUCAGGUGUCGAGUUUUACAACAUAGAUUUUUCAUUGCAACAUCAACUUCGACUUGCUGGCGCAAAUGUUCCUCCACCCACACAUACUAUUAACAGCAGUAAAGACCCGAUAGCUCGCAAAAUGAGGCUCAGAAGACGGCGCGAUCAAGAAGAGGCUGAUCAAGAUCAAGCAAAGAUAUUAAAAGGAAUGAAAGAUAUUGCUAUAACAAAAGAUAAAGACAAAGACUCAGAAAAUUCCAGAACGGAGUCUUUAAAGCCUAAAAGAUGGGAUGAAUCCCUAGAAAAGCCGCCUCUGGAUUAUUCCGAAAUAUUCGAUGAAGACGCUGGUCAAGUGUUGGGUCUGUCGAUAUGGGAAAUAGAGAAUUUUUUACCAAAUCAAAUUGAUGAAGUAGCUCAUGGAAAAUUUUAUGAAGGAGAUUGUUACAUUAUUCUAAAAACUAGUCUAGAUGAAAGUGGAUCGUUAGUUUGGGCUAUUUAUUUCUGGAUAGGUAAAAAGGCUACGUUGGACAAACGAGCAUGUGCUGCAAUCCAUGCUGUUAAUUUAAGAAAUUUCCUUGGUGCCCAAUGCCGAACAAUUAGAGAAGAACAAGGAGAUGAAUCUGAUGCAUUUCUUAUGUUAUUUAAUGCUGGCAUUACGUACAUUGAAGGAGGUAGAACCACAUCCGGUUUUUACACUGUCGAUGAUACACCAGCAAUUUCAAGAUUAUACCGAGUACAUGCAGCAGGUGCAUCAAUUCAUUUAGAACCUGUGAAAAUACACCAUAAAAGUUUGGAUCCUAAUUUUGUUUUUGUUCAUGACACGGGAAAUAUGAUAUUUUUAUGGUAUGGAAAACAUGCGAAAAAUACUCUCAAGUCAAAGGCGCGAUUAAUGGCUGAAAAAAUUAAUAAAAAUGAGAGAAAAAAUAAAGCAGAAAUUUUGACUGAAAUGAUGGGAUCUGAAUCAAAUGAAUUUCUGUCAGCUCUAGGGGUUGAUCGAGAAAGUUUAGUAGUUAAAGAACAUGUUGAUCCAAACUUUGCAAUAAUUACACCCCGUUUAUAUCAAGUGAGACUUGGAAUGGGGUAUUUAGAGUUACCUCAAGUUGAGGUACCACAGGGUAAAUUAAAUAAUUCCCUGUUAAAUAGCCGAAACGUUUACAUCUUAGAUUGCUUUUUGGAUGUUUUCGUAUGGUUUGGAAAGAAAUCAACACGACUUGUAAGAGCCGCCGCAGUAAAACUGUCACAAGAAUUAUUCAGUAUGAUUGAAAGACCCGAAUAUGCAUUAGUAACUAGGUUGCAAGAGGGAACUGAGUCACAAAUCUUUAAAUCUAAAUUCUUGGGUUGGGAUGAAGUUAUUGCCGUAGAUUUCACUCGAACUGCUGAAUCAGUUGCUAAAACUGGCGCAGACUUGACUAAAUGGGCUAAACAACAAGACACGAAGGCUGAUCUAGCAGCAUUAUUUAUGCCACGCCAACCUCAAAUGUCAGCAACUGAGGCUCAACAGUUGAUGAAUGAAUGGAGUGAUGACUUAGAAGUAAUGGAAUCAUUCGUUUUAGAAAAACGAAAGUUCGUUCGUCUUCCUGAGGAAGAGUUGGGUCAUUUUUAUACAGAAGAUUGUUAUGUAUUUUUAUGUCGAUAUUGGAUGCCCGUCGAAAUAACAAGUAAUGAUGAUAAUGAAGAGCAGUUUGAAGAUGAUUUUCAAUGUAUAGUGUAUUUCUGGCAAGGUCGAGAUGCUGGAAAUAUGGGAUGGCUCACCUUUACAUUUAGCAUGCAGAAAAAAUUCAAAACUUUAUUUGGAGAGAAAUUAGAGGUUGUGAGGACGCAUCAACAACAAGAAAAUCUAAAGUUUAUGGCUCACUUUAAAAGAAAAUUUAUAAUCCAUCAAGGAAAACGAAAACAAGCUAAAUCAGCUGAUUCUAAUCGUGUUGAAUUUUUCCAUCUACGAAGUAAUGGAAGUGCUUUGUGUACCAGACUUAUUCAAAUCCCACCAGAUUCGGGCUUAUUAAAUUCUGCUUUCUGUUAUAUUUUAAAUGUGCCAUUUAAUAAUGAUAAUCAAAUGGGAAUCGUGUACGUAUGGAUUGGUUCUAAAGCUGAUCCAGAAGAAGCUAGAUUAAUUGAAGAAAUUGCUGAAGAUAUGUUCAAUAAUCCAUGGAUCAGUCUUCAAGUGCUCAAUGAAGGCGAAGAGCCUGAAAAUUUCUUCUGGAUAGCUCUUGGAGGAAGAAAACCGUACGAUACAAAUGCUGAUUACAUGAAUUAUACAAGACUGUUUAGAUGUUCUAAUGAAAAAGGAUAUUUUGUUGUUAGUGAAAAAUGCACAGAUUUUUGUCAGGAUGAUCUAGCUGAUGAUGAUAUAAUGAUUCUUGACAAUGGGGAACAAGUAUUUCUUUGGCUUGGAACACACUGUUCCGAAGUAGAAAUCAAACUUGCGUAUAAAUCCGCUCAGGUAUACAUACAGCAUUUACGUGUUAAACAACCUGAUAAACCUAGAAAAUUGUUUCUCACUGCAAAAGGUAAAGAGUCUCGUCGGUUUACUAAAUGUUUUCAUGGAUGGAGUACUCAUAAAAAAUCACCAGAAUAAUCAAAUUUUUCAUAUCUGCAAUUUUAUGUGUAAAAUAAUUAUAAUAAUUUAUUUAGCUUUUUCGUAAAAAUAAAAUA